AUGGUAUGCACACCAGCGGAUGGAUGGAAAGAAGCAGCUGAUUUCUACGUAGACCAUCAGUCAAAACCUUUUUAUAAUGAGCUUCUCCAGUUUAUAACAAGUGGUCCCAUUGUUGCUAUGGAAAUCUUAGGCGAUGAUGCGGUUUGUAAGUGGAAAACGUUACUGGGGCCAGCAAACUCUGCAGUGGCUGAGACUGAUGCACCAGACAGCAUUAGAGUGAACUUUGGACAUGAUGGCCUAAGAAAUGCAGCUCAUGGCCCAGAUUCAGUUGCUUCAGCUGCUCAGGAGCUGGAGUUGUUCUUUCCCUCCAGUGGAGGCCGUGGACCAGUCAACAGUGCAAAAUUCACAAACUGUACCUGUUGCAUUAUUAAGCCUCAUGCGGUUAAUGAAGGGCUAUCUGGAAAGAUUAUAAAAGCCAUCAUCAAUGAAGGAUUUCAGAUCUCAGCUUUGCAGAUGUUCAACAUGGAGCGUUCAAAUGUGGAAGAAUUUUAUGAGAUUUACAAAGGUGUCGUUGCUGAAUAUGUGGACAUGGUUACAGAGUUGUGUUCAGGCCCUUGUAUAGCAAUGGAGAUUAUACAGCCCGAGCCUCCAAAAGUGUUCAGAGACUUCUGUGGUCCUUCUGACCCUUUAACGGUGACUUGUGAAAUGAAAACGAAUACCUGCCUGCUUCUAGUGGAAGCAGACGGCU